UGUAGUAGAUUGUAGUCUUUCAUGUUAGCAUUUAAGGACGUCCUGGUUCCUAUCGGCUUCCGGCCUCCAUUGGGAAUGAAUAGGGGUAAAUUUCAAAUAAGCUCCGAGUGCAAGCACGCGCUUAGCGAACCCCCGCAAACUGUCGAGGGUGUUAAAAAUAGGCUGUAGGUAUGACAUGGUUGAUCAUUUUGUGUCAAACUUCGACAUAAAUACGAUGUUGCGUCCAUAUGCUAAACCCGGAAGCUUUUGGCGACUACAGAAGCGGCGCCUGUAUCUAACGGCAUGUACGUGCGGAAGGUUGUACCCAUGGCAACCAAAGGAAAAGGCAACCAAAAAGAAGCUGCGCGAAUAUCCGCAGAGUUCUACGACUAUGGUCCCGGACAGAGGUCGUGGGCAGAUAGAUCCCCCCUCCAUGAUGCUGCGUGUCAGGGCAGGCUGCUCUCACUUAAGACGCUCAUUAAACAGGGUCACAGUGUGAAUGCCCUGACAAUAGACCAUGUGAGCCCUCUCCAUGAAGCCUGCGUUGGCAACCACGUAUCUUGUGCAAGAGCCCUCAUCGACGCUGGUGCCAAUGUGGAUGUGUGCAGUAUAGAUGGUGUGACUCCCCUGUUGAGCUCGUGCCUUGUGGGCAGUGUGGCCUGCGUGGAGUCCCUGCUGGAGAGCGGGGCGAGACCCCAGGCAGCAGCCUUGUGCCAACCCUCACCCCUCCACGAGGCCUGUGCCCGCGGUCACAGCAGAUGUGUGGACGCUCUUCUCACCUGGGGUGCAGAUAUGGACAUGGACCAGCCAAGCAGGGGAACACCUCUGUACACCUGCUCCCAAACAGAUCACUCUGUGUGUGCUAAGAGGCUGCUGGAUGCAGGAGCAAAUGUGCAGCUGGGUACUGCGAUGGACACCCCGCUGCACGCUGCGGCCCACAGGGACUGCACUGAGCUGGUGGAGCUGCUGCUGGACUUUGGAGCCGACGUCAACGUCAGGAACUUUGACUUCAAGCGGCCAGUGGAGGCAGCUCCUCCCGGCAGCCGAACCGAAGGAUUUCUGCUGGUGUAUGAGGCCACGCCUCGUAAGUUGGCCCAUUUAUGUCGUCAGCGAAUCAGAGAUUGCAUCGGUCGCUCAAGAUUCCACCUCCUGUCAACUCUCCCCCUCCCUACAGCUCUACAGAACUUUGUCUGCUUCAGAUAAUGGGCCUUUUCCACUCAUCAGACGCCUUUGGACACUGAACAAUUCAAUGCUUUCGAAGCAGAUUUAAUUUGCAUCCGGUGACAUAGAUAUACAGUACAGCCCAAAAGUUUGGACACACCUUCUCUCUCUAGGUUGUCCUCAGACAAGCCUUUCAUCGUUGCUUCCAGUCAACCCGAUUCUCCAUACAUCUUUUCAGUUCGCUGGUACUCUGGGCUCCUGCGUCCUUCUUGAGUAUGUCCACAAAUGUUAGUGUGGGAUGUCCUCUUAACCGGCACCCACGUGAUGGUUCCCAUAGCACCAGUUUUCUGGGUGCCUUUGGUAAUGUCCUGCAAGUCUCAUUCUCCUUACAGCAAUCUUCUCGCUCACCCUUGGUAUUCCCUCGUAUAGGAUUUCGUUGGUUAUAUGUGCACUCUUACUGAUGUUAAGCACUGCACGCAGCAUCCUAGUGUAGCACCCAUCAAGGGACUUCUCUAGGGUCCAGCAUUCAGGGUCCAGCAUUCACUGCCAUAGAGGAGAACGGACUCUACUGUCGCAUAGAAGAAGCUGAGUUUGAUUUGACGGGGGAGAUUGGAGUUCCAUUCACUGGCCAUACCAUUCUCAUUCAAUGCAUUCUCUUUAUUUUUUAUUCUUUUAUUCAGUUGUCCAACAGGGAUACCAACUGAAAAAAAGAAACAAAUUAGCUUGUUGAGAUGUGCAGGACCAUCAUUUGUGUUGUGUAGAAGUCAGGUGGAUAGACAGCUGACAUCGCUGUUGGACAACUGUAAUAAUUUAUAUUUUUCGGUAAGCACUUGAAGUCUGAAUGCGUAUAUGCAGAUUUGAUAUCCUAGGGAUAUUAAAGAGAAUCAUAGAGAAUACAAUGUAGGCCUACUGUAAAUGGCCAUGAAAAUAAAGACUAUGCAUUAAAUGAGAAAGUGUGUCCAAACUUUUGGCCUGUGCUGCGCAUGGCAUAUAUAUAUAUCACUGUUUGCCUGAAACCGGUUGUCAUACCUUCUUCAGUGGACAACUGAAUUUCUCUGAAGUUACAGUGAAAAACAGUCCUGCUCCUCCCGAAGUGGUCUUGUCCCAACCUGUUUUGAACAUGUUCAU